AAAAGCCGGGCGUCCCGAAGAGCUGAGUGGCACAUCUACGGAACUUGAUUGGCUGUGAUGGACUUUGUGCGUUUAUUCAGAGCAGUUAGUUUUACCGCAAAGUGAGGAGUCUGUGGUUAGAAAUGGUUCCUUGAAUAACUCGACGUUUGUGUUCUUUUGAAAGGGGACAAUACCAAACACCGAAAAUAAUUUUAUUUCUGGAUAAAAUUGUUUGAUUUCGAAAUGGGAUUCUUUCAGGGAGAUACGUCGUCUGUCCUGCUAGAGUGGCCGCGGACGGCAAAGUUCAUCUUGUCCGCGUGCGCAGCUACAGUUGCAGAAAUAGUUACAUUUCCUCUUGACCUGACAAAAACCAGACUGCAGAUUCAAGGCGAGGCAGCCCAAGGUGGUAGUGGCGGACGUGCUUAUCGAGGGAUGGUGCGCACGGCUUUUGGGAUCGCUCGCGAGGAAGGGCCCCUGAAACUGUGGCAGGGUGCCACCCCAGCCAUCUACAGACACAUAGUGUAUUCUGGUGUGAGGAUGGUGGCUUAUGAACAGCUGCGGGAAUCCCCACUGGGACGGAAUGAGGAUUCCAGCUUCCCCUUCUGGAAGUCCGUGGUGGGGGGCAUGCUGGGAGGGGCUCUCGGCCAGUUCAUGGCCAGCCCCACAGACCUGGUGAAGGUACAGAUGCAGAUGGAGGGGAGGCGUCGGCUGGAGGGAAAGCCCCCACGAGUGAGGGGGGUGUACCAUGCCUUCGUGAAGAUCAUCUCGGAGGGAGGGGUUCGAGGACUCUGGGCAGGAUGGGUCCCCAAUGUGCAGAGGGCCGCCUUGGUAAAUUUAGGAGAUCUUACUACGUAUGACAGCGUGAAGCACUUCCUGCUGAGAAAUACCACCAUCCAGGACAACAGUGUGUGUCACGGAUUGGCAAGCACCUGUUCAGGUCUGGUGGCAGCUACCAUGGGGACGCCUGCGGAUGUAAUCAAAACCAGGAUCAUGAACCAGCCCAGGGACACUUGCGGCAGAGGUUUACUGUACAAGUCCUCACUUGACUGCCUCCUGCAAACUAUCAGAGGAGAGGGAUUUAUGUCUCUGUACAAAGGCUUCCUCCCCACCUGGAUGAGAAUGGCCCCGUGGUCCUUGACGUUCUGGCUGACCUAUGAGCAGGUCCGGAGGGCGACAGGCGUCACCUCGUUUUAGAGCCUGCGGAGUUUUGCCCUGGUGCCUAUUCCUACCUGAGACAUUGUUCUUGCCUGUGGAUGGCCAAGUGAAAAUACAAGUGCCAUUACACAAACUGCCUUGCGAAGACACGGGUGAAUCAUUUGAACGUUUUAGAGCCAAGCUUGACUUUUUUUUUGUGGUCUGUGUGAUAUACCUGGGACCUUCUUCAUUUUCCAAGAUAAUUCAUGCCAGUGCCUGACAUGCAUUGAUACUCAGAAAUAAUAUUCACCCAACCAUAUUCCAGCUACUUAUCCUGGUCAGUGCCCAAGAUAGGGGUACACACACAGACAUGGGCACAUAUACCCUCACAAUCAUGGGCAUAUGUGGGCAUUUCAGAGAUACAAGUUAGACUAACUGCAUGUCUUUGGACCAUGGAAGGAAACCAGAAUACCUACAGGAAACCCCAAUGACAAAGGGAGAAUAUGCAAGCUCCAUGCACAUAGAGCAAAUCCUGUCCCUACUGCCCAUUCAGCCACCACACCACCCAGAUACAAUGAAAAUGUCACAUUGGAGUCAUUGAUAGAUUCUGUAUAUGAUCAGAUGUUGAACGGAUAGGGGGUACAGCGGUGUAGUAGCCAACACAGUUGCCAGGGUUCGAGUCUCCACCCCAGGUUUAUAUGGAGCUUGCAUGUUCUCCCCAGAUGGAUGGAUGGAUAUUGAGCAGGUGACAAACAGUGUUAUAAAAAAGCUCUUUAAGUUUGA